AUGGAUUUUUUGGAUGACGACGCCAAUGCAUCUGCCGGCGACAAGGUCUCGGACUUACACGCACUUUCUGACCUCACGGAAUUGGCCCGAUUGCAGGAGGUCGACUCCGACGACUCGGACGACGACUACGUUGGCAAGUUCAAGAACUCCGUAUCGCCUCCACGUCUCAACAACGGCGAUGUCGACCUCAAUUCUGCGUUAAAACGUGAGCAUGAAGGAGACGAGAACACCGAGUCCAAGAAACAAAAGAGACUAUCUCCUGAUGCUGCUACUCCAGAUGUGAGCGUCAAAGAGGAAAAAGAAGAGGACCAUCAGGAAGAGACGGAGCAGAUUGAGGAAGAAAUCAAUAAGGAUGACGAUGAGAAGUCAGAUGUACACGAUGAAGAUAACGAUAAAGAUGCUGAUCAAUUGGAUAAUAAUGGUGUUGAAUCUCACGAGGGCAACUCCGAAGAUAAAGAAGAAAUUGAUGCAGAGCCAGCUGAAAGCGCUGACAUCAAAGUCUUGGAAAAGGCCCAGGUGGUCGCUAAGACCGGCCUGGCAGUGGAAGCUGCACAAGUUGCUGAAGAAAUCGAGAAGGAUGAGGCCCCCAGCAAAAAUAACGAAGCCGAUUCCGAUCACUCUGGUAUGGAAUUUUUGGGAACGGAUGGGGACGACAAUGCAGAAGAUGACGAGGCAGACGUUGAGGACGUGGUAAAACAGGAAGAGCUCGACGAACAGAACGAACAGGAAGAAGCUGAAGCUGCAGAUGCAGCAGCAGAAGAUCUAGCCACUAGGGGCGAAGAGGAGGAGGAUCUUGAUGUGGAUUUGGACGAGCACCGCAAGUUGGCUGUUGAGGAGCUUAUUUCCAUUGAGAAGGACUUUGCAUUCCUCCGGGACAAGUUAUUCCAUGACAAGCUCGGCCUUCUAGAACAUGAGUUGCAACUCUGUUUAGAUGGGUCUCAUCCAGAACUACUCCAGAUAUACUACAAGGUGAAUGAGUUCUACCAGGAUAAUAUCAAGUUGGCCAACUCAACACUCAAUUAUAGCUUGAAGUGCAUCAAUAACGAGACAGUGGCAACGCGAACCGCUAUCCAUCAGGACUUCUUGCGAAACGUGAUGGAUAUGAAAAAUGACAUGGUGGCCAAGACGACGUCUCUGUGGUAUAAGGUUAACAGAGAACGAAAUUAUGUGGAUCUGGUGGUUCCAGAAUGCAACUUCACAGCUAUUCCAACCAUUACAGAAGACAAGGCAACAUUUGGAGUCGCAGGCGGAGAUGUAUACCAGGAAGGUGCUAGCAUAAACAAGAAGGUUCUCAAGCAAAAUAUGCUAAUAGAGUUAGUGCAGCAGCGCAACAGUUUUAACGAGCAGCUUGGUAUCCUCAAUGGACUCGCAGAGUUCCAUGGUAUCCCCAGUGCAGUGAGCACGGAGUUGAUGGAGUCUGGCGACUACCCUGCUAGAGAGCUUUUGCUUCGCAAGGCUACGUCGGAGGAGAUCAACGACGAUCUCCAGGCGAUGGGCAUAUUCUAG